CGCAUAUUUGCCAGACGUGCAUCGCGUUCCGAUUUUGAAUUUCGAACGCGUUCGAUCGCGGUACGAUAUUGCGAACUUAUUAUUUUAACGCGAACACCGGUUUAUUCUUCAGUUUGUGUUGGACUAUUGUUUAUUUUUUGUUUGUGUUUCAUUUGUGUGUUCUUAUUAAUAGUUUUGUGACUGUUACAAUAUAUUUUAAACUGUAAAUAAUUGUGAAAAAUAAUGCCAAAGAAUACAGCGAGUGUUUAGACAUUAUCACGUGUUUAAAAAAGUUUUGUUACAUUUUAAUUUAUAUUAUUAAUUACUUAUUUUUCGUUAAAUACCGAUUUUUCUGAUGUCUCAAACGGCGAGAGGAACAAUGAUAACACGAUUAAAGAAACAUGUCAUCUAAACGGAAGUCACCGCCAUCGAAAUUGCAAGAAGGAGUCCCCGAAACCGUAAAACAAGAAGCGGGUCCCGCCAAUUUGGAUUUCCCAGACCAGCCUGAAUCUGACCCUGAGCACCAGAAUUAUUACAAAUUCUCCCCUAGCCCUUCAACAAGAAGUUCUAUAAGUGAAGAAGAUCCAACAAAUUACGACGACGAAAGACCAACAAAAAAACAGAGAUUAGAAACUUUAGACAUGACAAACAAUCUACUAGUCCCAUCAUCUUUCCUUAGUCUUCAUCAGGUCAAUGACCUGCAGGCACGAAGACGUGGCUCCUCAGAAUGCAGCAGUCCUGGUGCUGAAGCAAAAGUUUUAGGACUCUGUAACAAUAAUAAUUCAUUGUUGAAUCACAAUAGUGCAUUGUCAUUAGCUCCACCUCACAAGCGAUCUAUGGAUGAUGUCCUUAAAAGAUUAACGUCAAAGAUGAAUAAUAGCACAAUAAAAGAAGAGAAGAGGCCCACACCGUCUACUACACCAGUCAAGCAGAACAACGAUCGAAGAGGAGUCCUAGAUUCCGCUACUCUUCAAGCCUUAGCUGGUGAGAGCGUCCUCGAGAAGGAACGGCAGCUUUCCGAAAUGAUACUCCAGCUCCAAAUGGUACGAGAGCAGCUAUUAUCACAGCAGGAGCAGGCUAAGAACCUUGGCAACGUGAGCGCUGAACUGGAACUUCAGAGGCUGCAGCAGGAGCACCUUCGCAGACAGGAGCUGGUACGGCGCGGGCAACAUGGUUUAUACCCUGGACCUCCCCUCGCUCUCCUGCCCCUUUUGGAGCAGAUGCGACCACAACCACCGCCAGCACCUCCUAAUGUGGUACCGUCUUCCCCUUGGCCAGCGACUGCACAAUUAGCCCAAUUGACCGCUAGCGCGCGAUCCCCUCCACCUCAAGACCCUGACGCACCCCUCAACCUGAGCAAGCAGAGGUCACCAUCUCCCGCACAGGCGGCCAUAAUGCUACCACGAUUCGUGCCAUACCCGCCCAUGGACGAGAGUCCUCAAUACAGCAUGCAGAAAGACGAAGAUUAUAAUGCUGCGUGUAAUACAUCAUCGUGGGGUCAAUCGCCACCCGAAGAAGCAGAGAAGGCGAAGCUUGUUCGUCAGCCGAAAAGGGAUGAUGCUGGUAAACCUCAUAUCAAAAGACCAAUGAACGCGUUCAUGGUAUGGGCGAAGGACGAACGCAGGAAAAUCCUGAAGGCAUGCCCCGAUAUGCACAACUCCAACAUAUCGAAAAUCCUCGGCGCGAGGUGGAAGGCGAUGUCGAAUGCUGAAAAGCAACCGUACUACGAAGAGCAGUCGAGGCUGUCCAAACUGCACAUGGAGAAACACCCUGAUUACAGGUACCGACCAAGACCGAAGAGAACUUGUAUAGUUGACGGCAAGAAAAUGAGGAUAUCAGAAUACAAGAAUCUGAUGCGCUCACGCAGGCAAGAGAUGCGGCAACUAUGGUGCAGAGAUGGCGGGAGUGAACUUGGCUUUCUUCCUCUAUCUUCACCGGGACCAUCCAAUUCUUCCCCGCCCCCGAACGGUGGAAAUUACAUGAACCCCGCGUUUUCGCCGCCAUUAUCACCCGGGGAGGAUGAUUGAGGUACGGCGCGCGGCUGGCCCUACCCGCACGCCGCGCCCCUCUCUCUCCCUCCCUCACAUCACCCUUGGUAAGGCGCCUUCAGGAGUUUCAUCCCCAAAGUACCUACCAGCAGUAGUAGUACAAUUUCGACCGGCCGCUAUAAUAAACUUGAAACUUGUAUCGUAUUCAACUUUCAAGUUAGAUUUGUGAGACAUAAAGACUUUAGCUUAGUUACUGUUAAUGAACUGUGUUACAUCACUUUUCCUUUGUGAUUAUAAAUAACUAUAGUUUAAGCGAAUAAUGUCUUUGAAUGCCAGUGUCUCAAUUGGAUCUCUCGUUUAAUAUAUCUACAAAUAAUUAUUUGCUAUGAGAUUAUUCCAUUAGUGAAUUAAGACUAAUAACAUUACGGACAUUUCUAUCUGUGUGGUUCGAGUGAGCUGCUUUAAUAGACAAUAACUUUUUUUUUAUUCAAUAAAUACGUACGUUGUGGAUGUAGGUAUUGUUAUUAUCGAAUAUUUACGGGUUUUAGAUAAUUUCGAAUUGAUCAUCUGAGAUUAUAGUUGUUUUAUUUUCAAUGUAUUGGAAUAAUUGCUUAUUGUAUUUAUAAAUUUACCUUGCUCGAAUGACACUUGAUUGAGUGUGAGCCUAUGAAACCGUUGUAAAAAGGCGAAAGUAUAUAGGUAGAUAAAUGUGAUUAUUAUCAUUACUAUGUGUAAUGAAUUAUGGGUAAAAUUAUGAGUAACCUUUAAAUAGACGGCUCUAUGGUCCUCUAAUUGAUAUGAGAGUCGUCAGUCACGUAAAACUAACAACUUAGGAAAAAAUGUAUAUAUUUACUUCAACAAACCCAGGCGUAUGUAACUGUUUAGAGAAUAAGCAAUUUUUUUGUAAAUAUUCCCUUUGUAGAUAAAUAAAACUUUGGCUAAACGUUAGUCUAAGAUCAUUAAGUAGCUCUGUAGCUGUUAAAUUGAGGUACUAUUUGACUUUUGAGUGGCCAUGUAUAAAUAGUAGUUAACUAAACAUUAUACUUAUUAAUUGUAGAUGCUCUAGGCCUUAAGCGACUAAAAUGUAUCAAACCAAAAAUUUGAAGCGAAAGGCUUGAAAAUUUUAUGUGUUUUGAACACAACUGUUUAUACCCAGUGAGAUAUUAAAGCAUAAUGAUUGUAAUAAAUAAAAUACUCAUAGAUUAUAUGCCAUUGGUACCUAUAGAUCUAUCUGUAAUAGUUAGAAAUCUACAGGUGGCAUUGUAUAGACCAUAAAACCCAAUCGUUUCGGACUUUCUGCAGUUUGGUUUUUAACGUAAUCGUAUCUUAAAUUAAUCAAUAAAAUGACAAAUCAUAAAUUAUUAUAGUUAAUUUAUAUCCUUAAAUAAGUUUUCAGUAUUGUUAUACAGAUCAAAAUACCAACCGAAUAUACUCUCUAUAUAGAGGUAAAUUUUGUAGAGUCCUUAGUUUGGGUACCAUUAUUUCACCUAUUUCUGGCCUAAGAAAUUUCUGGUUUUAGAAAGCGCUUGUCUGUCACGAAAGGAGGGGUAUUUUAAUCGAUUGCGUCAAAAGUCAAUCUGCUGAUUUAAUUAUACAAUUAAAAUUUAUUAAUGGAAUUAAAUAUUAGUAUUAAUAGUAGCAACCUGAGAAUGGUGGUCAAUUUUGAUAAGUCAAUUGUUUGCUUCGGCAUUGAGAUGUCCAUUUCGAACAAACAAACUUUCGUAUAUGAACCCACCGACGCUGUGGGAUUAUCUAUACAUUAAACAACAAUAUGAUAGAAAACAAAAGUUCGCUUUAUCGAAUCGUGCAAUUUAUAUAGUAGAUUUAUUAUAAGGUAAGCUGUAGUCGGUACAUGCAUAAUAUCUACGUAAAUAGAUGAACAAAUUGUAUAGUAAACUUACAUCGUAUCAAAAACGUUUGUUCGUUGCCAUUUUUUUUUAUUUUUGUUAUUUAUUUUUCUAAUUAUAAAACUUGUUUUGUUUAUUUCUUUCUUUUUAAGCGUAUGCCAGUAAAAUGUGAACUGUAUGUAGAGUUAGUUUAAGGUCGUAAAUAAAGUAUCAUGUGUACGUGAACAUUAAUGUUUGUCAUAUUAAGUAGUGUGUAGGUACCUAUUAUUCUUAAUAAAUGUGUAAGGGUUUAGACAGUGACGUUAAAUUAUUUAUUUUUAUGUUGAAUUCCUGUAAAUAUGCGAUAUUUUGAUGUAAAAGUUAGCAAUUGUGGUUAUUUUAUUUAAUGAGCGAUACUUAUUAUAUUGUCUUCUUUAAAUAUUAUAGAUCUCCACCAUAUUUCUUUUUUUUUAUUUAUUCAAAUCUACGAUGGAUUGUAAUAGGUUUAUUUAACUGCAACUUGCCAUAUACUAUGUUCUUAUAUUAAACAUCACUUAGAAAAAACAAUUACUUAUUAAAAAUGUACUUAAUAGUUACAAAUUGUUAUUUUUAUUAUUAUUAUAUUUGCGAACGGAUCUGAUUUGUUAAUUCUCCACUACCAGUAUGAUUUAGCAUUCGAAAAUUAUUCAAAUGUAUAAGUAGAUAGAGUUUAGGUUUUAUUACCUAGUGUAAACCAGGACACAUUAUUUAAAAAUUGUGCCAAAACCCAA